GGGGGGAAAAACUAAAACCGAGCGCCGUUCGGUCAUGUGAUCCCAGUUUUUUUUUUUUUUUCUGGCUCCUCUUUUUCUUCCGUCGAAGUUGAAAGGCUGGAGCCUGUGCGGCAGAAGGGAGCCACCACUUUCUUGCCUUCCCACACUGGUCGCGGAUGCAACGAUUUUGUCUCUUUUCAGGAGCCACAUUAUCCAUUUUUUGACUCCAUCACGAUGGCGGGGGCAAUUAUCGAGAACAUGAGCACCAAAAAGUUGGUGAUAGUGGGAGUUAUAUUGCUUUUGUUCCAGGCGUUCGCUUUCAUGGUCGGUGGGUUAAUUGCUCCCAGCCCCACCACGGCGGUACACUACCUGGCCAUCAAAUGCGUGGACACCGUCAAGCACCGGCAGGAAGCAAAGUGGUUCAUGCCUUGGGGUCCCAAUCAAUGCGACAAGAUCCGCUCCUUUGAUGAGGCCUCGGCCAAGAUGAUCGAGGCCAACAACAUUGUGUUUGCUGUCCACAUUCCUCUGCCGGACAAGGAGAUGAGCCCCUGGUUCCAGUUCAUGCUGGUCAUCUUGCAGUUUGACAUCGCCUUCAAAAUGUACAAUCAGAUAGAGGAUGGAGCGAUGGUCACCGUUGACGUGGGCGUGGCCUACAGAGACGAUACCGUUAGUGAGUGGACUGAGAUGGCUCACUCUUAUGAACAACGGAAACUCAACUGCAAUUUCACAACUUCCAAGACAUUUGAAAACGAGGGCCGCUACUACGAGUGUGACCUUCUGCCCUUCAUGGAGGUCGGCAGCGUGGCCCAUAAGUACUAUCUCCUCAACAUUCGUCUGCCUGUCAAUGAGCGCAAGAAGAUCAACGUGGGCAUCGGCGAAAUAAAGGACGUUCGCCUGGUUGGAAUCCACCAAAAUGGAGGCUUCACAAAGGUUUGGUUUGCCAUGAAGACGUUCCUGACACCCAGCAUCCUCAUCAUCAUGAUCUGGUACUGGAGGCGCAUCACGCUCAUGACGAGACCCCCUGUGCUGCUGGAGAAGGUGAUCUUUGCUCUGGGUAUCUCCAUGACGUUCAUCAACAUCCCAGUGGAGUGGUUCUCUAUUGGCUUCAACUGGACCUGGAUGUUGCUUUUUGGAGACAUUCGACAAGGCAUCUUCUACUCCAUGUUGCUUUCUUUCUGGAUCAUCUUCUGCGGGGAGCACCUCAUGGACCAGACUGAGAGGAAUCGUUUCUCAGUGUAUUGGAAGCAAGUCGGGCCCAUUGUGUUUGGGUCUUUCUGUCUCUUUAUCUUUGACAUGUGCGAGAGAGGCGUCCAGUUGACCAACCCCUUCUACAGCAUCUGGGCAUCGGAUGUUGGCACUGAGCUGGCCAUGGCUUUCAUCAUCGUGGCCGGGAUCUGCGCUUGCCUCUACUUCCUCUUCCUCUGCUUCAUGGUUUUCCAAGUUUUCCGCAACAUCAGUGGGAAGAGGACUUCACUGCCCGCCAUGUCCAAGGCGAGACGCCUGCACUAUGAGGGUUUGAUUUUUAGGUUCAAAUUCCUCUGAAAAUCCCUCACCUUUUUUUUUUUUUUUUUGCGAGUAGUUUCUUUUCUCCGUUUUUGGAGCAGUUGGAAGGAAUUUACUCUUUGUGCUUGCCCGUCCAUCUUUGUCCAGGUGAACGAGGGUCACUGGCACUGGGGGGAACACACCGUUCAGGUGAACAGCGCCUUCUUCACGGGCAUCUACGGCAUGUGGAACCUCUACGUAUUCGCCAUCAUGUUCUUGUACGCCCCCUCUCACAAGCGAUACGGAGACGACCAGUCAAGUGGACAGUGUAUCACAGGAGAUGCCGCUGCAAACAGUGGUGAAGACAUCCAGCUGACGACAACCAUCACUCACGUUGACGGGCCCACCGAGAUCUACAAGAUGACUGGAAAAGAAGCCCAAGAGUAGACCCCGCCCGCAUUGUUGUUGCCACCCACCCUUGGUUACCUACUGUUCCAACGGCCCCCUUUCCCGCAGACAUACUGUGCAUAAGUUACACGUUUUUUUUUUUUCUUCUCUUUUAUACCCUUGACACCUGACGCACCAGCAACAGUCCACCUUGCACGAACUGUCAACAAGUCCUUUUCAUUUCAUGGGGGAUACAUUUCAUACUUGCUAUAUACUAUUGUGUUUUUAAAAUGUUGCACAACACUUUUGACACCAAGUCGGGUACUUGAAAGCUGCCUCGUAGAUCAAUGUAUUAGCUCAAAAUGUUACAUGUAGUCUGGUUUGCGCUGCGGUUUUAGAGUCAAGGCCUAAAAUUGGAUGGGAAUGGACUGCAUCAUUUCUCUUUUUUUUCUGGAUGCAAUGCUGUCACUUUGAUUUCUAUCCGGUAAUGUUGAUAGUGAAGGCCAUCUAACCCCUCACUAAUCUCUUCCUUGGAAAGUACAUCAGGUGUGACACGUCAUUAGAAAAGUAUUUUUUAAAAUAUUAUUGGGGGGAAAAUGUAUGGACCACAAACCUAUUUUUAUAGUGUUUUUUUUUCCAAUUGCAAAAACAUGUAUCGCACUCUACCACGUUGAGUUUAGAAGUUGCCAGUAGACGUAUUAAAUGUCCUAUUUUUGUUUUUUGCUUUCUAUUGUAAUUUAAAUAAAAGUACUUUUACUUAACCUUUA